UUUCAUUAUUUGCUUUCCCCCGAGAUCUUUCCUGGACGGUGUGUCCCAGAAGCCCAGAUCCGGGGCCCCCAGCCCUGAGAGGGCGUGAAGAGUUAAGGCAUUAACCCCUCCCAAUCUCCUCCUAAAGGAAGCCACCCUGCCUCGGCGUGGCGCUCGGCGACUUUGCCUUGCAGACUGGCGCGGGCAGCAGCGAGCGGGGCUGGCCAUUGGAGUGCGCGGCUGCGGAGGGAGGGUCCCACUCCAGUAACUUUGCGAAAGCACAGCGCAGUCAGUCGGGGGCAGCAGCAAGAUGCGGAGUGCGCGGUGCAGACCCGGAGCUUUCUUAACGCAACUUCGUCCUGCCUGAGCGAGGCUGCAGUUUCGGAGGCCCUCUCCGGUCAAGGAAAAGCUACACAAAAAGCCUGGAUCUCUUACAGAUCUUCACCCCAGCAGCAGCGAGUGAAGCCCCGCUCGCCCUCGCCCUCUAGCGUUCGUCUGGAGAAGUGCCACCUCCCGGUUCCUGGGGACACGGCGCAGCACCAUGGUGUCCACCAGCAUCCCGGUAGUUAAGGCCCUCCGCAGUUCGGUCUCCGACUAUGUCAACUAUGAUAUCAUAGUCCGGCAUUACAACUACACAGGAAAGCUGAAUAUCAGCCCCGACGAGAAUGGCAUUAAACUGACUUCGGUGGUGUUCAUUUUCAUCUGCUGCUGCAUCAUUCUGGAGAACAUCUUUGUCUUGCUGACCAUUUGGAAAACCAAGAAGUUCCAUCGGCCCAUGUACUAUUUUAUUGGUAACCUGGCCCUCUCAGACCUGUUGGCGGGAGUCGCCUACACAGCCAACCUGCUGCUGUCUGGGGCCACCACCUACAAGCUCACCCCCGCCCAGUGGUUUCUGAGGGAAGGGAGUAUGUUUGUGGCCUUGUCAGCCUCCGUGUUUAGCCUCCUAGCCAUCGCUAUUGAGCGCUAUAUCACUAUGCUGAAGAUGAAACUUCACAACGGGAGCAAUAGCUCCCGCUCCUUCCUGCUGAUCAGCGCUUGUUGGGUCAUCUCGCUCAUCCUGGGGGGCCUGCCCAUCAUGGGCUGGAACUGCAUCAGCACGCUGUCCAGCUGCUCCACCGUGCUCCCGCUCUACCACAAGCACUAUAUCCUCUUCUGCACCACAGUCUUCACUCUCCUCUUGCUCUCCAUCGUCAUUCUAUACUGCAGGAUCUACUCUUUGGUCAGGACUCGAAGCCGCCGUCUGACCUUCCGCAAAAACAUUUCCAAGGCCAGCCGCAGCUCUGAGAAGUCGCUGGCCUUGCUGAAGACUGUAAUUAUUGUCCUGAGCGUCUUCAUCGCCUGCUGGGCACCCCUUUUCAUCUUGCUUCUGCUGGACGUGGGCUGCAAGGUGAAGACCUGCAACAUCCUCUUCAAAGCGGAGUACUUCUUGGUGUUGGCAGUGCUCAACUCUGGCACUAACCCCAUCAUUUACACUCUGACCAACAAGGAGAUGCGCCGGGCCUUUAUCCGGAUCAUGUCCUGUUGCAAGUGCCCCAGUGGAGACUCCACCGGCAAAUUCAAACGACCCAUCAUCGCUGGUGUGGAAUUCAGCCGCAGUAAAUCGGACAACUCGUCUCACCCUCAGAAGGAUGAUGGCGACAACCCAGAGACCAUUGUGUCUUCUGGAAACGUCAACUCUUCUUCCUAAAGCCGAAUGCUGCCAAUCCUCGGGAAGUGCUCUUACAGGGUCACCCCACCACCACCACCCCAGUAUUUGAAAAAGGGCUCUGGGCCUCAACUGCUGCCAGGAAGGAGCUGCUGCGAGGGAAGGAGCUGGAAAGAGGGAGGGAGGGGGAGAAUCGAAAAGCCCGGGUGGUGGUGCCACUGGGUGUUGGUGGGUAUUUAGUUCCUGUGAACAAUGCACUGGGAAGGGUGGAGUCAGGUCCCCUGCCUGGAGCCUAUUUCCUAGUCCCCUGGAGCUUUGAUUUUGCACUGAGCCAAAGGUCUAGCAUUGUCAAGCUCCUGAAGGGUUCAUUUGGCCCCUCCUCAAAGACUGAAGUCUCCACGUGAAAGUUUCUCUUUGUCUGGAGUUGUAAGCAGAAGAUGUUUUUUUUUUUUUUCCCACUGUAGUUUCAAACCCAAGUGAGUGUGUCCACUUCUACUUGUCUGGGGGAGGCUCUGCAUAGCCCACCCUCCCCUCCCUGUUCACACCCCUCCUGGAGAUGUUUUUUACUUUAUAUUGUAACUACCUGGCAGUCCUCAGAGUAGAGGUUGUGCCCUGGUCCAUUUCUUGACCAUCUGUAGCAGGAAGGCAGUGCUGAGUAGACAGGCUGUGAGGAGAUGGAAAUGGUUUGAAGAUGUAAAGCAAUUUCAUUUGUUGAGGCCAAAGUUUCCAUGUAAGCUGGAUCCGUUUUUUUUUUUUUUUUUAAUAAUUGAUUGAAGUCACUUUGAUUAUUUUUUUUUCUUAAACAUCUUUACAAUGAAAUGUGCUAAAGUGUCAUAUCCAUUGUGGCUGUAAUCAGCAUAAGGAAGUCGACUUUAUCUUAGCCCCAAGCCUUACAGUCGCAAGAGAAACAAGGUGAAAACUGACUGGGAGUUAACUUUGGUAAACCAAGAGAGUUCCUUAAUGACUUUGUCUAACAAAUACAGCAUCUGUCUUUGGCACUUUUGUUGAUGUUUGUUUCAGAGUGUUGUGUGAUUCAUUCCAACCAACAGGAUGGUUGUAUUUUGUUGUGUUAAAAGUACUUUUUAUGAAUUUUGAAUGUAUUUGUUUUCAGCGGAGCUCAUUUCAUUGGAUUUUUUCCCCUAACCUGUGUUAACACCAUUGAAUGUGUAUUUCUUAAGAAAAUACCAUCCUCUUGUGCCCUUAAAAGCAUUACUUUAACUGAUAGGGAGCACCAGAAGUUUUUCAGUAUAGCUGUUCAUCUGAUAGUAAUUGAAGAUGUGUAUAAAUGUUGCAAAGAAUAAAAAAUUUAUUGCUGUCUCAUUAGUAUGGUUUUUCAGUGCAAUUAAACAAAGAAAUGUCUUUUUAAAAAAAUAUAUAGUAUUUAAUAGGUUUCUGACUUUGUGGAUUAUUUUGCACAUAGCUUUAUCAACUUUUAAACAUUAAUAAACUGAUCUUUUUUAAAGA